GUGAAGGUAUAACAGUUUGCGCAGAAUUAGCGCAGACAUUGGUGUUAAAAAAAAAUGUUUAUAACAAAUCAUAAAAACCGAGCAAGAACUUUAUAGUAAACGUGUGUUCCAGCCUUUCAAGACUGGGAGUCAUUUUUUCCAUGUGAUAUUUGAUGCGGAGGUAUUCGUCAACUGGGUGUUACCUCUCACUGGGACUUCACGAGAGGAGAGGAAAUGGCGGAUCUUGAAGAUGUCAAACCGGACGGGAGACCGCUGCAGUCCCUUCGUCGUGCGGAGUGUAAACGUGUAAAUAAGGAGAGGAGACAAACAAAAACCGCGAAGAAGAUUGCUCUUGUUCAAAGGCCUAAGAAGGAGGAGGAUGGAGCAUUGGGGGUGCAAUUGAAGCGUCCAACACAGCCUAGUCUAGCUGCAUGUGAGGCUAAACCGUCAGAGGACGCUGCUGUCAUGCUGCUGAAGACUCCUGUAGUUUGGUCACCUCUUACAGUUAAGGCUGCUGUGAGUAGAUUAUCAGGAGGUCAACAUGCACAGUCUUCCCAGACUAGUCCAGCUGUACCAGCGGUUAUAAAACAAGAAGAUUCUGACUCGCUGCCAAAAGCUCCAGUAACAUGGUCACCUGUAGCGGUGAAGGCUGCUGUGAAUAGAUUAUCAGGGAUGCAGCAUACCCAGCCUAGUCCGCCUGUGUUUGGCAAACACUCAGCACAUAAUGCUUUCAGGUCAACAAUGCCGAGCGAACAAAGCAGACUAACACCGCAAGAAGAGAGGAAAAAAGAGAUCAAGGUUAUACAGACUGGACGCUCUCAUAGGAGCAGAGUGCUGAGUGGCCCGUGGAGAAGAGUCGGUGAUAUCCUUCUGCGAGGAAGAUUUCAACGCCUCCCCAAAGCGAUGAUGAAAGUGCCUGGCUUUAAGGACCAUAUUGUUGCCGAAGUGCUCAAAGUGCUGGACAAAGAGUGUGAGACUCUGACCAGUGUGACAUUCAACUCAGCACUUCGAGAGAACGACCCGGCGGCUCUGAAAUCCUUCAGCUGGGACAAAGUGAUGAGCGAGUGGAAGACCACAGCACCCACUUUUCUUCAGUUCCUCCGACAUGCAAGCAAAGUCUUUGAAAAUCAGACACUAACACCAAAAGACAAGUCAUUACCGAUGGCGAUGGGCGGUGCGUUACUAUUAAGAGCACGGUCAUCCUGCAUGUGUGCACCGUUGUACAUCAACUCAAUGAUCCUGAGACAGGGAGGGACAAAGAAAAGGUGUAUUGCUCGGCUCAACAGACUUGGCCUCUGUAUGUCUAACCGCAGGACCCUGUUGAGACUUAAGGGCGUUGAUGAAACACAGGAACACUCCAAGCAAAGAUCAGAAGACACUGAAAUGCCUGAGUCAACCGAAGAUAAAGGAGAUUCAAAUUAUGAAGAAGGGGACAGCGAUGUUCCGGAGAUAACAUACAUUGUGUCAUAAUGUGUAAUUAAAUAAAAUGUGCAAAAACACCUGGAA